GACCCUGCAUGACGGUCGCUCAUCGCUUCAUGCACGCAUGCACGCACGCACGCACGUGAUGAGAGAAUCGGAACGAAAGUGAACUGUAGAACGACGACGACGACGACGACGACGACGAUGACGAUAUGAAGAACAUAUAUGACCACGGGGAAAUUUUAAGUGAGGUCACGCUAGCUAGCUAGGGUGAGAGAAAAAGAAGAGGGAGGCAAGGGUCAGCGACAACAGGAAACGAGACAUAGUAUCGCUCAGCACCGGACGUCGUAACUUCCGAGUCCUUUGGUCUCUGCUCUCCCCUGCGUUGUCCAUCGCUACGCAUCGUCGGGAUAUCCAUCGGUAGAUAUGCAACGAAGAGAACCCUCAUCAAAAUUUCCAUCGAUAGAGGGCGCAUUGGAAGACAACCAAAGCAGAAGCGAAAGGUAAUGGCAACGUUCAUGUUGGAAAUCACGAGGAUAUCACGAGUAGUGCACCCGCUCUAACGCGCCCUUUCCUAGAAGGAUAGAGAAAAAAAGUAAGAAAUAAAGAAUGAGAGAGAGAAAGAUCGAGAAGGGAGGAAGAGGGAGAGAGAGGGGUAGAGAGCGUGAACUCAGAGGUGGAACGUAGAGAAAACGGGCAGGGCGCGAGAACGAGAGAGAGAAAGAGAGAGAAUGAGAAAGAGAGAGAGAGAGAGAGAGAGAGAGAGAGAGAGGGUGGGGAGACAGAGGAAAAGGAGGAGAAGUGAGCUCCUUACAGUGCAUUGCCUUACGAUCUUCCCCGAGUUCCCGUCGCACCCCGGACGCCGACAAAUCGCGUCCAACGUGCUUCUCAUGAAGAGAUCCACAAAAGCAGCUUCGCCGUCGAGAGAGAUUCGGGUCGUCGCUUGGCGGCAGCUCUUCUAGAGAGAGAGGAAGAGGAGGAGGAGGAGGAGUCAACUCGUAUAUGCGUGUGUAUGCGUGUAUACGUGAGGACGAGAGAACACAAAUACACGCAUUAUAGACGUAUACACAUGUUUGCAUUUACGUAUGGGUUGCGUCUAUCUAUCUUUACGUAUGGUGUUUAUAUGUGCAUAUGAGAGAGAAAGAAAGAGAGAGAGAGAGAGAGAGAGAGAAAAAGAGAGAGAGAGAGAGAGAGAGAGAGAGAGAGAGAGAGAGAGAGUAAGAGGGUACAACACCGCACCCCGUUUGCUCUUCUUGGCUUUCUUCCUUCUCUUCGAAGGAGAAGCCGUCGUCGGGAACGGUGAAAUGAUGACGAUGACGAUCGUCUUGUCCAUGCGAGUGUUCUCCUUCACGUCCCUCUUGAGAAUACGGUGAACUCUGCUUAUACGGUUUUCGUCUUCUCUCUCAUCUCCAUUCUCUCGUUAAGGGGAAAGAGAGGAAGAAAAAGAGAGAGAGAGAGAGAGAGAGAGAGAGAGAGACUUUCACCGAGAGAUGCUAUGCCAGUUCGGAGGGCUAUAGGGUUAUCAUCCGGGCUUCUCUCUCCUUUUACGACUUACGCUUUUGGCGCGGAAUUUAUGCGGCGGUAUGACUUCACGCUGCACUCUCGUCCUCCUUUUUGAACGUUCGCACGUCCUUCUUUAGGAUACGAUUUACAUUUUCACUUACAUAAUCCGAAACCGAAAUUUUUUUGCAACGGUCUAAUAUAAAGUUUGACAAAGUCAAACAAUUAAAAAAAUUUUCAGAAUGAAUAUUAAGUGGUCAGACUAGAUUUAAUCAUUGUCAUUUCAAAAUGGCAUUUUUAAUUAAAUGGUUGAAAGUCGAAGAAUUGUUAAAAGUAUUUGUUAGAUUUAAACACGGUUCAAAUCAUUGGUCUGUAAUUAGGAAGGAAAAGACACAUAAGAACAGAGCAUUGGCAUAUUUUGACGACUUUUAUGAUAAAGUAUAUGGAAAAGCGUGGAAGGACAUAAGAACUGCAUUGCUACAAGAGGAAAACAAAUAUAUAGCAGUGGUUAAUAAUUUUAGCGAUGUAAAAAGAAUACAAACGUCUUUGGAGAAUUCUGGGGCGAUAAAUUUGAAGUUAGUAUAUGAUGCAUUUGUGGAAAAUGUACAAGAUCAAAGGUUUCAAAAGAAGCCAAGGAAAACUAUUAAGUUAAAUGAUCGAAUGGAUAAUAUAAUAUCGGAAAGACAAAUAUCAAAAGUACAGUCGGUUUAUCCAAUUGAUUAUGAAUCAUCUCCAGAUUCACUGACCUAUACAGAGAACAAUGAUAGGAACAUCAAUAUUAAUAAACCAUUAGAAUUAGUACAUUUAAAAUCUAUAGCAGAAGAUUCAAAUGAUGUGAACAUUGACAGCAAUCGUAUUGUUCUUCCCUCUGAUGGUUUAGCAGGACUUUAUGAAUUUGUACCAGUAACAAAAUUGAAAGGUAUGGAUGAAUGGGUUUUAGAAUCUGAACAUUAUGAAUAUUAUCAAAAGGCAGGUGAUUUUAAGAUACCUGUGGAAAAAGAGAAAAUUUUGUCUUUUCCAAAACAUCUUAAAUUGUAUACAUAUGAAGAGUUUAGCGAAGAAAAAUUUUCAGUCCCACAAAAAGGAUCCACUGGAGUAUUAGAUUAUUAUCUUUUUGAUGGAGGCUCAAUAUUACCUAUCUUGGCUCUUGAUAUACAAUUAGGUGAUUAUGUAUUAGAUAUGUGUGCAGCACCUGGAGGAAAGACUCUGACAAUUUUGCAAACACUUAUGCCCAAUUUAGUGGUAGCAAAUGAUCUCUCGCAGUCUAGAGUAAACAGAAUAAAAAAAGUAUUAAAUCAAUACAUAGCAGAUAUAGGACAGAUAAAUGACAAAUUGUUUAUAACAGAAGAAGAUGCACGUAAAAUUAAUGAUAAAGACGUAUAUAAUAAGAUACUUGUUGAUGUCCCAUGUACAACAGAUAGACAUGUAUUACAUGAAAAUAAUAACAAUAUUUUUAAACCUACAAGAAUUAAAGAAAGAUUGCGAAUGCCAGAAAUCCAAGCAGAUAUUUUAUUCAAUGCAUUGCAAUUAGUAACUGUUGGUGGUACUGUCGUAUAUUCUACCUGUUCUCUUAGCCCUAUACAAAAUGAUGGGGUUAUACAAAUGGCACUAAAACGAAUGUGGGAAGAAAGUAAUACUGUUAUAAUUGUAAAAGAUAUGUCGGAGGCAUUAGAUCCAUUGCAAACAUUGUUUAAUUUUGGAAAUUUUGGCUUGAAACAUGGACAUAUUGUCAUACCUACUAUUGGUUAUAAUUGGGGUCCUAUGUAUUUUUGUAAAAUGGUUAAAUUGAAAUGAUGAAGGUAAGGUAGUUAAAUCACACUUACUUAAUUUAUUAAUAAAUUAUAUAUAUAUAAAAGUUGUAGACAUAAUAAUAAUAAAUUUAUAAAAGUAUAAAAAUAAUCUGUAAAAAAUGUACCAAAUGUAAAUAUUUCUGUGUUAGUUUAACUAUUAAAGCAUAGAUAUUUUAAUUUAUAUUUACAAUUAAGUAAAGUAAUUUAUAUUUCCAAUAUUGUAACAGUUCUUAAGUAAUUUUGUACCUUUACAUUAUGAGACUUUUUUACACCACAUUAAAAUAUGCAUAUUUCAUCAAAAAAUGUUAAAAUUUACAUUAAUAAUAGCAUAUCCCCGCGCUUAUAAUAAUAUAUAGCGUCGAUAUGUAUAUACCAUUGGUUUUCUUCGAUCUUUUGUUAAUACAUUGCAGUUUUUGCUAAUCUCGCACUCUCAACUGUGCUAUAUAAUAGACGCGUAUCUCAAUAGGUUAUGAGGUUAAUUCUUAGAUUUCAUCACGUUCCACAUGUUUACAAGGAAAAUUAUUUAUAUCAUAAAUGUGUGACAAAUUGAAUAAUUAUAUAUGAUUAAAUAACAUAGAUACAAUGAAUCGUGGGAUCAUAUAGAUGGAUCCAUUGUGAAAACCGAAGAGAAUGCAGCUACGUGAAAGAUUACACAGAAAGACUAAAAACUCUCGGCCUAAUUAUAAAUCUAAGUAUUAAAUCAAGCGAGUUCAAACAUAUAAAAUGGAAAAAAUGUCAUUAAAAAUAUAAGAAAUAAUUAAAAAUAUCUAUGAAUGUGAAGAUCCUACUAUGAGAUGAUGUAUACUCUUUAAACCGAUCGAAGAAAAAAAUAAACCAAAGUGUGGCACAGUAUGUAAAUCGAUUUAUUCAAAAAGCAGAAUAAUUAGAUGAAUUUGGCAUACAAUCAUUAAUACCUGUUAGUUAAUUCAUUGUCUAAUGAAUAUGAAACAGUCAGCAUAACUAUUGAAUCCAAAAAAGAGAAUCUUCAUUUAAAAAAUUUUAAAUAAAAUUAAUGAAAAAAGAUAUAACAAAAACAGAUAUCAAAUUAUGAACAAUGUCAACUUGAUAGAGAAGAAGCAUUAUCAUUAUAAGUACUAUUACUAAAUAGAAACACAUGUGGAUAAAAAAGUUAUAUAGCAAGAUAAACUAGAAAUGAAAGAAAAGGUAUAGCUACGAGAAAUUACGAAGAUUCAUGUCCACUAUAGAUAAAACAAUGAUAAAUAUUUGUUAAUUAAUUUAGAUUUGAUAAAUUCGACAUGUGAAGAUAACGUAAAUAUUAAAAUGAAUACAAAAAAAGAAAGAGAAAAGAAACUAAUGCAAAAGAAAGUAAUGAAAAAAGAAAGAAAAAGGAAAAAAGAACAGCAACAUUUCAACCAGCAAUCCCAUGAUUAAUAAUCUGGAACACUUUGCAAUGAGUUACACAGCUUGUUAUCUAAAUGUUAAUAUCUACUGCUCAUACACGUCAUAAAUGAAUUGAUAUUUUGCAAAAUUAAUUUUUUCGAAAGUGAGAAUCGUGUGUUACUGCUGCGACAAAUUAAAAUAGGAACGUAGAUCACGUAUAUAAUAAUAAGUAAUACCGCGACUGUCGGGGUUUUAUUCUAGUUAUGUUCAUGAUUGAAUUAAAAUUGUUAUUAAAAUAUUACAAAUUCAGGAAAAUUGGAAAUAAACGAAUUAAGUAAACACUAUGCAACAUGAUAAAUAAUAUAUACUAUUUUAUACUUCAAUAAUUAUAUAAGUAGUAUAUAUUUGCAAAAGCGAGUAUAUUUGUGAACUAGUUAACAUUGUGUUAAGGUCUUGGCAAACUGUAGUGCAACAACAUGCACAUGGGUAAUAAUAAAAAGAAAUUUAAAAGCACUAAUGAAAAUAGUAGAAUGCAUACAACAGAAAAUUAUAUAAAUUCAAAAAGAAGGAAAAAACUAACAAUAACAUUAAAGUAUAAUUGUCAGAUCAGGAAGCAAAUGACAUCGAAUAAAGAGAUAUAAUGUUUAUACAAGAAUUAAAAAGUAAUUUAUUAGUAUCAAGUAUCACUUGAGUAUAUAAUGCAGUUAUAAGAAGAAAAUAUGGGUCCAUUUCCACGAAAACUACAAUGAAAGAUGAACUGUAAUCCAUUUAAAUGAAGAAUCCAAUCAGUUAGUCAUGUUGUCACAAAUUUCUAAUAAAAAGCAACAUGAUCACUGAAGUAAAUGAAAUUACAGUACAAAAGAGCUGAUACCAGCAUUAAAACUACUCCAGCCACGAGAGGCUGUAUGUAACCCAAAAUUCAAAGAAUUGGAAAAUGUGAUAGACCAAGAAAGUUAUAUAAUUCAUCAAUGACAGCUCAAAAUGAUCAGUAUGUUGUAAAGAAAGUUAUAGAUAGUCUAAAAAGAGAAUUGUGACUAGAGGCAGUUAAGAUUAAAAGAAAACAAGAUGGAUUGGUGAACAAAUUCAAAGCGAAAUUAAUUGCAAAGGAAUUGAUUAUGAGGAGGUUUUCGUUCCAGUUGGUCUAUCUACGCGGUACAUGUGAAGAAUGACAUGACUGAUUCAAUAUUCCAGAAAAAGACAGUUAUAAAGAGAGAUGACUACGCAUCAGAAAUCAUAACGACUGUGAGCGAAAAAGCCACUUGACACUCGAAGGAGCGACAAUCAGAAUGUAAACGCAUGAAACCGAUACAUCGGUCUGUGGCAGUUUUCGCAUAGGUACUGAGGGGUGAUGUGUCGAUCUGCUGGUAGUAAAAGGUUUAAAUAGGAUAAAUUGAGUUAAGAAUUUAUUGAAAUUAGUUUUUCAAACAACAAACAUCAAAUGCAAUAUUAAUAAAAACAGCUACUUACUGCAAUGUAAACAUAUUAAAAAUGUGAUGGAAAACAUUACAAAUUAAUGGGUAGUUUAAUAUAUUUAUCUUACAGUUGUCUAGAUAUUGUUUGUCACGAAAGCAUUUAAUCGAUUUUGUAAUAAUUCAGAUAUAAAUCUUUGAAGAAAAUAAUGCUACGUGCUAAAGUAUUUAUGUGGAA